AUGAGGAGGGAGCCGGGCCCGAGCUCAGCCCGCGGGGCCGCUGCUCCCGGAGCUGCUGCGGGGCCCUGGGGGCUCCCGGGGGCCCUGCCCGGCCCCGCGGACCCGGGAUCCCGAGGGAUUGUCCGUGCUGGAGCUGCCAGCGUGCCCUGGACCCGGGUGGCAGCUCUGUCCCCAUCCGAGCUCACGGUGGCAGCUCUGUCCCCGUCUGGGCUCUGUCCCCCUCGUGUCCCGGCUCCGGGUGAACGCUCUGUCCCGUCCCGUCUGGGCUCUGUGCCGUGCCCGCAGUGGGGAGGGGUCCCCGCGCUGUCGCCGGGUGUCCCCAGCGGGGCUCGGCCCCGCGCUGUCCCCAGGGUCCCGGUCCCGGAGCCGGGAGGCGGCAGCGCCGCCCCGAGCGCUCCCAGGGGUGCCCCGGGAGGGCCGCGGUGGCCCCGGGGCGGCCCCGGGGUCCCUGGGCUGGGAGGGAGCCUGCGGAGCGGGCUCGGGCGCGGGCCCGGGCCGGGCUCACGGCGUCCCCUCUGCUCCCCAGACAGAUGCAGAGCUCCGUGCUACGAGUACCCCUCGUGCCCCGACGUGCUGAAAGCGCCGCGGGAGGAGGUCGCCUACGUGACCUGCACCUACAGGUGCACCGGCAUCGAGCAGCCCGAUUUCCUGGCCACCGUGGACCUGAACCCGCGCUCCUGCCACUACGGCCAGGUGAUCCACCGGCUGCCCAUGCCCAACCUCAAGGACGAGCUGCACUGCGCGGGCUGGGGCCCCGCCUGCGGCUGCUUCGACAGCGGCGCCGCGGCCAAAAGGACCAAGCUGGUGCUGCCCGGCCUCAUCUCCUCCCGCAUCUACGUGGUGGAUGUGGGCUCCCAGUGCCGCGCGCCGCGGAUCUGCAAGAUGAUCGAGCCCGUGGAUGUGUUCUGGAAGUGCAACAAGGGCUACCUGUCUGUCACCCACCCGCUGCCCAACGGGGACGUCCUGGUCGCCAACAUGGGCGACGCCGCUGGCCACGGCAAAGGUGGCUUCGUGGUGUUGGACGGAGAGACCUUCGAGCUGAAGGGCAACUGGGAGAACGAGUGUGAGGCUCCCCCGACCGGCCACGACUUCUGGUACCAGGCCCGGCACAACGUCCUGGUCAGCUCGGCCGGGAUGGUGCCCAGAGUGGCCGGGCGUGGCUUCAACCCCGAUGACCUCAAGAAAGGGGUCUUCGGCCGCCGCCUGAACGUGUGGAACCUGUCGUGCCGCAGCCUCACGCAGUGCUUCGACCUGGGCGAGGAUUCUCUGCCGCUGACCGUGCGCUUCCUGCACAGCCCCGAGGCCGCCGAGGGCUACGUGGGCUGUGCCCUGAGCGGGGCCAUUUUCCGCUUCUACAAAUCCUGCGAGAGAGACAACUGGGCCGUGGAGGAGGUGAUCCGGAUCCCGGCCAAGGACGUGUCGGGCUGGAUCAUGCCCAAGAUGCCGGCCUUCAUCGCCGACCUCGUCAUCAGCCAGGACGACCGGUUCCUGUACGUGUGCAAUUGGCUGCACGGGGACAUCCGGCAGUACGAGCUGUCCCGGAGCUGCAAGCCCCGGCUGGUGGGGCAGGUGUUCGUGGGGGGCAGCAUCCUGCGAGGGGGCCCCGUGACCGUGUGCAGGGACGAGGAGCUCAAGUGCCAGCCCGAGCCGCUGGUGCUCAAGUGCAAGCGCGUGUACGGCGGCCCCGCCACGCUGCAGCUGAGCCUGGACGGGAAGCGGCUCUACGUGACCAACUCCUUCUACAGCACCUGGGACCGGCAGUUCUACCCCAGCCUGAUCAAGGAGGGCUCGGUGAUGCUGCAGCUCGACGUGGACACGGACAAGGGCGGCCUGAGCGUCAACAAGAACUUCCUGGUGGAUUUCGGCAAGGAGCCCAACGGGCCGUGCCUGGCGCACGAGAUCCGCUUCCCCGGCGGCGAUGCCAAAUCCGUGACCCUGCCCUGA